UGAGCGGAGUGAACAUUUGAACAUAGACGCGCUCGACAGUACGCGGACAGUGUGGUGAGCGAGCGUUGUGUCUCGUCGGGGAUUCACGGGUUUCGUUGACUCUCUUUCGCCCUCGAGCUGUCAAGCCGGAGCGGCCUACUCUCACGGCUGUGAAAGCGGUGCUUCGCGAGUGAACGCCCCUGUAAGCACUCGAAUAUAUAACCUAACCUCUUCGCGUAUCUUAUUUGUCUUGUUCUCUUUCGAGCCUGUCUCUCAUUCUUUUUCUCUCCUUCUUGCGCGUUUGCCGACAUAACCUUUCUCUUUCUCGUAUAUUGUCUCUCUAUAUCUCUGCCGCGCUUUCGGUCCGCGUGCACGUACGUCUCUUUCUCUCGACACGACACGCUCGAUAAUAGUCCACGCGACGUAGACGACGUCUGUGACGUUCGUCGCGACACUGACGUUUUUGCUUUCAAUCGCCCGCGUCGCGUGUGCGCCACCAGUUGCGUGUUGCAUAAUCACCGUUUUACGACAACCCGUCUCGUGGGUGCAUCGGCCCUGCUCCCCUCUUCUUCUCUUUGAUCGCCAUCCAAAGAGUUUGGUGCUACCCGGUCCUUGGAAUCUGACGUUUCGAGUGCACGACUUCAAGGCACCAUCCUGGUGAACACGUGGUAGCGAGAAGGCGGAAGUACCUAUUGACCAUGGCGGCGGGAACGUGCCAAUUCGCCUGAAGAGACAGACAUCCGCAGAAAUCCGUAAGGAUGGUGCUAGUGGUGGGCGGAGUGGUCCUGCAGGAUGAAAUCCCCGCGGACAGCAGAUCCUUAUACGCGGCCCACCCGGUAUAUCGCGAGAGCGCGGCCCGACUGCACUCGAUAUCGGCGAAACUUGUGGGCCCGAUGGGCCUCCUCUACGUCCAGCAACGAGAGAUGGCUGCGACUCUGCCGCAAGACAAGAACGUGAACAUCCUCGGUUCGGACGACAUGACCACGUGCAUAAUCGUCGUCGUCAGGCAUUCCGGUUCGGGAGCCGCAGCAUUGGCGCAUCUUGACGGUGCCGGAACGGAAGAUGCUGCAGUGGCGAUGAUCCAGAGGGUAACGGAACUCACCCUUGGAUAUCCCGAAGGUCGGCUGGAAUUGCAGUUGGUCGGCGGUUACUCCGACCCGAGAAACUAUUCCGAAGAAUUAUUCUACACUAUACUUUCUGCGUUUCACAAGCAACCUGUGGAAAUCGACCUGACGUUAUGUUGUGUGGGCGAGCUGAAUACUACUGUGAGAGGUGGAAUUCAUUGGCCAAUGAUCUAUGGUAUUGGUUUGAAUGUGAAAACGGGUGAGAUAUUUCCCGCGAGUUUCCCCGACAAAGGCCCGGAUCAGCCGCUGCGAUGCGCCAGACAAUUGACCGGAGGUCAGCAGGUUCUGGAUGUUUACGAUUGCGGUCUUGGAUUACUUAGAAUUGGUCCAUUUAAUUACGAUCCUUUGCGAGGCGUGGAUCUCUGGUUGGCGCAAUCCGACCAAUUUAUUCUGCAACAUCUGUCAACAUCACCGGAAGUAGAACAACCACAUUUCGUCUCACAAGUACGAGCGACGCUCAAGUAUAUUCAGGACAAUCAAUUUCCAGCUGUCACCGUCUUCCGAGAUAAUAAACCUCAUUACUAUCGUCGGGAUGAAACCACCGGUAACUGGCAGCCGAUGCGAUACUAACGUUAACAUCGCAGAUUUGACGAAGGCUUGCGUGGAAAUUGUUCGCUAAAAUUUUUGAGUGAGACACAAAACAUAAUAUCAAAUUGCGAAUGAACGAAGUAUGCGGAGUCAUAGGAAUUUAAAUCAGUUACUGAAAUGUGAAACUGCUUUUCUAAAAAAUCGCAGUAUCGUUACAGAAUUGUUGUCCUAAUGAACUCAUUUUAAGAAAAUCGAUCCGCAUUUAUGACGACAAUAGGGAAGUCGGCAUAUAAUUGCAACUUUUGUUGACUGGCAAUUAUUUGUGUUCAACAAAAAAAAGACGUCCGAACCGGAAGAAACCGUGGGAUCGAAUAUAGAUUGAAACAGUCAUAAUUAGCGCAUAGGUUGAUGCCUUAAUGUCUGCUCACAGUGGAAUAUCUCGUUAACCGCAUUGAAAUCGAGAUGCAGAUUAGCCUUUGAAUAUACAUUGCCAAGUACGAUUUGUAAUAUUUACAAAUUAAAUUCAAAGAGUAGAGCUUAACUCUAUUAUCAUUAUUAGAGUAUAAGCUAGAAAAAUCAAUAUGAAAUAAAAAUGAUUUUGACAAACAA